AUGUCGUCAUUACAUUUGAGGAGCGAGUUUUUGACAUGGUCAUUGAAGACAUGUUUGCUCGGGAGCGUACACUUCAUCAAGCAGCACUGGUCAUCAACCUUGAAGUUAGAGAUACGCAUGAAGAAGCAGCAUCUGGAGCAGAAGCGGCUCUACGACUUUGUAGGAUGGCUGUCGUCUCCGUCGCCAUGGGCCGCUUCCGCUUCCCCGUGGCGCUCCCCGUCUCGCUGGCUUUCCCCUUCUCCGUGGAACUCCCCUUCUCCGUGGCCGUCCCCCUUGCGCCAUGCGCAGUUCGCGGUUCCCGCCACGCGGAAGACUCCGCCAAUCGGCGCGGAUUAUCAGGCGGAUAUUCCGGAACCGCUUUCUUCUCCCCACCGUCUGAUGCCAGCUGAAGAAAGCUUCUGGAAGAUCGCUCCGGAAGAUGGGGCUGUCGGUGAGCGCCAGCCGUCCCGCACAAUCCACCACCUCCCCCCUCGCGACCUCCUGCGCGUUCCGCCCGGCGCGUGCGCGGCGUGCGGGGCGGACAAGGCGGGGUCCGCGGACUGCGUGCGCGCGCACUGCCACGAGGCGGACGAGGAUCUGGAGGCGGAGCUGGGGCCCGCCGCGUAUCACGCGCUGGGGCUGGCGGAGAUGGGGGAGAAGGUGGCGGAGGGGUGGAGCCCCGAAGACAUAGAGCUUUUCCUGACUAUUGUCGAACUUUACCCGCAGAGCAAGGGUCUAGACUUCUGGGGACCCCUAAAACGCGCGUUUGCGUCUGCUGGAGGGGCGGAGGGGGAGGCUGGGGGGGAGGGCGCGGGGGAUCAGGGGGGGAUUCUAGCGGGGAUGGGGAUGUGCGCGGAUGGGCGGCGGAGGAGGCGCGUGCGGAGUGUGAAGGAGCUUGUUAGCUUCUAUUUCAAUGUGUUUGUGCUGAGGAGACGAGCCCUGCAGAAUAGGAUUCCGGGCAUGGAGGCCGAUUCAGAUGAUGAUGAGACGGAAUUGGUGGUGGAAGAGGAAGAGGAGGAGGAGGAGGAAGAGGAGGGGGAGGGGGAGGUUGGGAGAGUGCAUGGAAAGGGUUUGAUUCUGGGUCUGCAGGUCCAGGAGGGAGGAGGAGGGGAGGUGGGGGAAGGUGAGGGGGAUGAGGAGGAGGAUGAGGAGGAGGAGGAGGAGGAGGAUGAAGAGGAAGAAGAAGAGGAGGGGGAUGGAGAGGAGGAGAUGAGAGGGGGUUUUGUGGAAGAAGGGGGGGGAGUGGGGGAUGAGGAGGAGGAGGGAGAUGAUGAUGAGGAGGAAGAGGAGUGUGUGAGUGGGGAGGAAGAGGAGGGGGGAGAUGAUGACGAGGACAAGGAAGAGGUGGGGGGAGAUGAGGAGGGAGAGGGAGACGAGCAGGCGAUGCAGCAGUAUGAAGCGAUGCAAGGGAGGAACAUGCAAGGGAGGAAGAGGCGGCAUGUGCUCAUCACCAUGAAUGGAUCGGUACUUGCUCGCCCCGUUGCUGCUGGUGCUGGGGCAGGGGGGGCAGAGUGGGAGGACGGGGCAGCAAACCGGGCAGGAGACGGGGAAACAACGGUGGUGAGCGGCGAGACGCCUGUGGGAGAGGAGCGAGCAGCAGGAGGGGAGCAGGCGGAUAUGCAGCUGCAGGGUAGGUCGAGAGCAGAAGAGGUGGACGCACAGCAGAUGAACCGUGACUUGAAGACGAUUCCUGGUUCAAGUGGAGAUGGGAAUCGGUCCUCGGGUCUGUUCAAAGCACCAGCUGAUCGCCCACACAGGGUGAAGGUGAAGCGUGUGCAUGGGAAUACGUCAGCAUCACUCGUCGACACGUCAGCAGCAGCGCAGUUCCACUCGUUAAAUGAAGGUUCCAGGAAGCGUGCAAGAGAGGAAAUGGAUCUUCCAGCAGCAGCAGCAGCAGCAGCAGCAUCAGCAGGAGGAACAACAAGCGAAGAUGCUGAUGCUGCAGGAUUUAACACGUUUGACAACGCUGCUAAUCUUUCAGGCUGCUCCCCAGCCAACUCUCCUGCUCUUCCAACCACUGCUGCACUCUCAGACCCGUCCGCACUCACAUACGCAGCCGCACCUUCCCAGAAGCAGCACGUGUAUGCUCCGAGCUCCCCAGGUGGUCUCAUGCACUCAGGUGCUUCUGCAGCUGCUGAUUCCUGGAUUCUCACCCACAGUCCCAGUCCCGCACACAAACCCACCUCACCAGCAGGAGGAGGAGGAGUGAGUGGUGGGAGCAGCCUUUGCAACAGUUUCAGUGGGUGCGGCGGCAGCAGUGGGUUCGGUAGUGCCUCGUUUGGUUCGGUCGCUCCGGGCCUGUUCGGGGCAGCCCCGUACACCCUAGCAGCAGCGCCGUAUAGCUCACCUGCUCACCAUACAGCUCCUACACCUCAUGUGUUGUCGCCAGCUGUUGAUAUACUGGCAGUCGAUACAAAUGCUCAUGUUUCUGCUUCUGAUGUUGCCGCUUCAAAUGUUACAGCUCCGAGUGUUACAGCUUCGGGUUACAGCCUAGGGCAGGAGUUUCCCAGGGAAGGAGGCGCAGUGGGGAAUGAGGUGGAUGCUGGUGUGGGGGAGAGGCGAGGGAUUGAGAGGUUAGGGAGUGAGAGCAGCAGGCAGGUGGAUGAGUGGAUGGAUGUGGACUUGGGUACAGAUGCAGAGGCAGGACGAGAAGCGCAAACAGCAGGCGCUGCUGACGUGGCUGCUGACAGCGUGGCGAAUCUCUAUGCGUGUGAUGCGAGUAGGGGAGCGGAAAACCUCGGGAUUGUACCUGCUGCUGCAUCCCUAGGUGCAGGUGUAGGUGCAGGUGCUACUCCCAGCAGUGCUCGCAGCCCUGUAGCCAAGGCGGGGAAUCGCGCGCAGCUGGCGGCUGUGUUCCGCGCGUACGGGCGGCUGCGCGCGGCGCUGCAGCGGCGGAGAGGCGACGGCGGGGAACCGCCGGGAGCGGAUAAAGACAUCCAGGCAGCGUUCUUUGCGAUGCUUGACGCGGCUCAAGGCUGCAUCAGCGUGCGGAGGGUAGCAGCGGGCCUCAUCCCCCGCUAUGCGCGCUUCUGCCCCUCGGGAUUGCCGGACGCGGCACAGACGCUCAUGCAGCUCGCGGAUUGGUGCGUGGCGGAGCUGCUGCAGCGCCAGGGGGAAGCGGGGGAGGGGGAAGCGGAGGGGGGUAGAGGCGCGCAGGGGGAAGCAGGGGACGGGAGAGGCGCACAGGGGGAAGGGGCGGAGGGAAAGUCCGAGCAGGGGGAAAGGGGGGUGCAGGGGCAGCAGGGGGAGUCAGGGGCGCGUGAGAAAGCAGGUGGAGGGGAAGCAGGAGGAGGAGCAGCAAAGGAAGAAGAAGGGUCGGGUAUGGAACAAGGCCCUGGCGAUUCCACGACUGCCGCCUCUGCAGAGGCAUCAACAGAAUCAGCAGCAGCAGCAGCAGCAGCAGCAGCAGCAGCUGAGCGCCCUGUACCUGGUGGUACCAACAAAGCAGCAUGUCGCCGCAAUCUCGGCCCGCAGCCCGACGACACCAAGGUAAUCAUGGCGACGGUGCGGUCGGCGUUCCUCGGCCUGGCGUCCAUCCUGGCUGUAGCGGCGGCUGCAGCGUCUGCUACAGCCCCCUCCUCGCGCACGUCUGCUCCGGCGUACCUCUCCUCUGCUGUGUCUCGGGAUGUGGCCCGGUUUCUCCUGUCGCACCUGCAUCCGGAUUGCACUCUGCCCCUGCCUCCCUUUCAUGCUCCUGACUCAGCAGCAGCUGCGGCUGCUGCUGCCAUUGCUGGUGAUGUUGCUGGUGGUGGUGAUGCUGGUGCUGCUGCUGCCGGUGGCGAUUUCAACGCUCCUUCCUCUGUUACCGAUUUGAGUGGAAGGCCUUUAACAGGAGAUGGAGCGGUAUCAGCAGCAGCGUUGGCUGAGGGCAAACGGGGAAUUUCUCCUGACGGUGGCUCGUUGUACGAUGCAGAAAGGAACAGAACUGGAGGUAGCAGCACCGCAGUAGGGUUACCACCAGACUCAGGCUCGGAGGACGGAAGCCUGGAGCUGACCGCAGGUCCGGAGCUAGCCUCGGUUAAGCAGAUCGUGGCAGCGGCGGUGGUUCGGGCGAUGCAGUUACAGCCAGAGGCGAUGCUGGGAGCGGCGAUAGAGCAGGCAAGGACGGGGGGGUGUGGAGGGGUGGGGAGGGGUGGUGGUGAGAGGCAGAGGGGUAAGCAGGCGAUCUCGUUUCUUCUGCAGGUGACUGCUGCUCGGGAGGUGGUGGGAGGGGAGGGGGAGUGGGAGAGUAAAGAAGGCAGGAGGAAGGGUAAGAGGGCAAAGGUUAGUGAGAAAGAGAAGGAGAAAGAGAAGGAGGAGAAGGGAAAGGAAGAAGGGGGGGAUGAAGGGAUGGAGAUGAAGGAAGGGGACGAGAAAGACGAUGAGGGUAAGGGAGGAGAGGAGGGAGGAGAGAGAGGGGCAGCAGCAGCAACAGCAGCAGCAGCAGCAGCAUUAGCAGCGGGUGAAAGUGAGAAGGAGGCUCGUGAUGGUGAUGGUGACGAAGGCGAUGAGGUGAGUGGUCUGAGGAAGGAGAAGAUAGGAAAAGCAGAGGAGGAGGAGAAAGUGGAGGAAGAGGCAGAGGGGAGUGCAUCAAAGAUGGUUUUUAAGGAAGAGAAGGAAGACUUGAAGGAGGCUAGGGGGGGCAGUGAAGGGAGGGAGGACAGGGAGGGCAGGGAGGACAGGGAGGGCAGGGAAGAAAAGGAGGGGAGAGAGGAGUUCGGGCUACAAGGAGAGACGGGCAAGGAGGAGAGUGCCAGGAGCAAGAGGAAGAGAGCGCAGGAGGAGCAGUCAAGCAUGGCAUUCCACGCCUUGGAUGGACGUCCGGAGUCGCUUCGGUGGCUAGCUGCGGUGCUGCAGCAGGUUCGGCGGAGUGGCUCGGCAGCGAUAGACUCCCUUGGGGAUGCCUGGAACCCGCUCCAGACUCUGCUAGGUGCCCUCAGAGACGCAAGUGCUGCCUCUGCUGCUGCCGCUGCUGCUGCUGCUGCAGCGGCGGCGGCGGCAGCGUCGACGGCGGCUGCUACGGCAGUGGGUUCCGCUGGUGCUGGUUCUGCUGGUAGUGGUGGUGUUAAGGCUGGUGGUGGGGACAGGGGCGAGGGAGAGAGGGACGAGCGGGGAGGAGUGGGGAAGGAGGCGCAGCAGAGGGAAUUAGAGAGGGGUGGGGCGGCAGGAGGAGCAGGAGCUGCUGCCGCUGCUGCUGUUGGUUCAGGUGUUGCGUCAGGUGCUGGCUCAGGUGUAUCUGGGUGGUCGUGGGACGGGGAGGUGUUUACUGUGACGCGGUUCCUGGAGCUCACCUUCUGUUCCGAGGCAGGGGCGCCUGUCCCGGUGGAGGGCGUAUCUGGGGAAGGCCACAGGACGGUUCUGCGCUCCCUCUUUGAGAAAUUCGGGCCCGUGGAUGAGGUGGUGGUGGUGGCGGGCGGCGGGGUAGGUGGGACUGGGGUAGGUGCACCUGGGAGUGGUUUCGGAGGGGGUGUUGGUGGAGGGGAGGAGCGGGAUGGGCUGGGAGGAGGGGGAGGGGGAGGGGGAGGGGGAGGGGGAGGGGGAGGGGGAGGAGGGAGAGGAAGGGGAGGAGGGGGCGGGGGAAGGGAGCAUGGCACGCCAGUGCAUGUGGUGGUAACGAUGGUGACUGUACGUGAGGCGGUGAGGGCAAGGGAGGGGCUGAAUGGGGUGGUGCUGUGGGGGAGAAGGCUGCACGUGCGCUUUGGGGAUGGCCCGGGGGGAGGGUUACCUGGGGGAGGUUUACCUGGUGGGGGUAUACCUGGGGGGGGGUUACCUGGUGGGGGAGGUUUGAUGUUGGCACGAGAGAGAGGAGGAGGAGAGGUAGGGAUGGAUGGGAGGGAUCGGGAUCGAGAUAGCCUGCGGGAGCUAGGGUAUAGAGAGGGAGGCAUGAGGCAAACUGGGUUUUCUCCCAGUCUCACUGGCUCGCCUCUCGGUCUGGUUACCAGUAACCGGAGGGCUUUGGGGUUACCUAUAGGUGCAGCUGCGGCUGCUGCUGCCGCUGCUGCUGCAGCUGGCAGGGGCUUAGGGUUAGGGUUUCUGGGGGCGCAUUUGCAGGGGUUUGGAGGGGUGGGUGGGGGGAUGGGGGGAGACAGAGGGGUGGAGAUGGGUCGAGCGGGUACGCCUCCUCUUCCUCUGCCGCCUACUGCUGCUGCGGCUGCUAGUGGGGGUUCUGAAGUGCCACCGCCCGCUUCUCGGUUGCAUGUGUGGGUGGGCGGCGUGAACAGUGCGAGCGCCAAGGAGAGCCUGCUGCAGCGGCUGGCAUCUGCCGGAGUCCCGCCGCCCGCCCACGUGUCGGUCCUAGUCAGCGCCAGCGCACUGCUCCUGGAAUUCAGGAGGCAGGAGGAUGCUAACAUGGCGCUGAUGUUCUUAAAACGAGGGGUGGUGCCGGUGCCAGCAGCAGCGGCAGGAGGAGCAGCAGGAGGAGCAGCAGGAGGAGCAGCAGGAGGGGCAGCAGGGGGAGGAGAGGGAGAUGGUGCAGGGGAGAGUGGUUAUGUCCGUGGUGCCACUCCUGCUGGUUCUGCUUCUGCUGAUGGUGGUGGAGAUAGUGGAUUGGCAGGAGGAUUCAGAAGAGGGGGAAGUAGAGAGAGGGGUUACUCUGUAACCAAGGCUCCUCCUCUGUCUGCGGCAGCAGCAGCAGGGUCACCAUCACCAUCGCCAUCACCAGCAGCAGCGGCUGCUGCCGGCCCUGGUGGUGGCUUUGGAGGGUUCUCCAGCCCUCACGCUCAUUCUUCCGCUGCUGCUGCGGCAGCAGCGGCGGCGUCUGCUGCUGCGGCUGCAGCUCUUUCCCCUGUUAUCCGCGGCUCAGGAUCUGCCAUUCCCUCUGCAACAGCCAGCACCACACCAUCAGCAGCAACAGCUGCACGAGCAGCAGCGGCAGCAGCAACAGCAGGCACGCCAGCAGCACUGGCAGCACCAGGAGCAGCAGGGGUGGGGGGAGGGUUUACCCCUACCCACACAACAACCCAGCAGGCUCUAGCAGCGGCUGUAGCGGCAGCAGCAGCCAACACCCCCGGUGCGCAGGCUGUAGCGGCGGCAGCAGCAGCCGCGUCAGGGAUGACGUCAGCGCUGGUGGUGGGCGGCCCGUCUGCCGCCCGGCACCUGUGGGUGGGGAAGAUCGAUCCGACGGUCCCCGAGCACGAGAUCCUGUCGGCGUUUGCGCAGUACGGCGAGAUCGCCAGCUGGCGUUUUGUGAAGCCGCCAGGUCAGCAAGAGGGAGGAGCGGGAGCGGGCGGAUCUGGCGCAGGGCCAGCUGGAGCAGCAGCAGCUGCUGCUGCUGCUGGCAGUAGUUUCAGUGGUGGGGAGAGUGAAGGGGGAGGGAGCACGGGAGCAGGAGGGGCGGCAGACGGAGUGAAGGGUCAGUCAGGAGGUGCUUCGCUCGUGUCGGCGUUUAUUGAUUUCCGGUCGGCAGAGUCGGCUAUUCUGGCUCGGUCGCGGCUCAACGGGGCUCGAUACGGCUGUGCUAACAUCCAGGUGGAGUUCAAGCAUGCAGCAUCACGAGCUGCACCCUCCCCCCAACACGCCUCUCUCUCCCACCUGCACGCCCUCUCCCCCGCAGCUCGCCUCAUGCCCCUCGCCUUCCUCCCCAUCCCAGGCCUCCCCUCCCGCCUCCCCUUCACCCCCACUGCUGCCCACACUCUCGCCGCCCAGUCUGCCGCCGCCCACACCCUUGCCGCCCAGUCCGCUGCCAGCCUCAGGUUCCUCCGAAGCAUGGGCGCAGGCUUGGGCGGAGGCUUGGGCGCAGGCUCGGUGCCGGGCCUGGGUGCCGGUGGGAUAGGUUCGGGAGGCGGGCUGGCGGGGAUGGGUGAGGGUGGGGUGAGAGAGAGGGACCACGAUGGGGGGGCUGCAGGGGCAGCAGGUGUGGCAGGAGCAGCAGCAGGUGCGGGCACAGGUUUGGCAGCAGGCUCGGCAGGAAUAGGAGGAGCUGGGGCUGGAUCAGGAGGAGCGGGAGGAGCAGGAGUAGGAUCGGGAGCAGGAGCAGGAGUGGUGUACGGAACAGGAGGGAAGGAGCGGGUACCAACUAGCACUCUCUGGAUGGGCAUAUCGGAGCAGGCAAUCUCAACCCACUCCGCCGCCAGUGCAGCAGCAGCCAUGGCUGCGUUCAGCCUGUCUGAAUCCGAGUUACAGGGGAUUUUCACGGCUGCUGCGGCAGGCAGGGGGUAUGUGACGCGCGUGCGGAGUGCGAGAUCCAUGAGGGGCCCGUGCCGGUUCAUCGAGUUUGACCGAGUCGAGGCGGCUGCUACUGCGCUGAGGAACAUUGUGGCUUCGGAGCGAUUUGACUCCGCAGUCCAAUUCAUCGAGUUUGACCGAGUGGAGGCGGCUGCUACUGCGCUCAGGAACAUUGUGGCUUCGGAGCAAUUCGACUCCGCCGUGCAAGUGCAGUUCAGGAAAACCAAAAAGUGGUUAGGAAACGGAGGAGUAGAGGCGGGGCGAGCAGGGAGGAGUAGAGGCGGGGCGAGCAGGGAGCGAACAGCGGGGCGAACAGCGGGGCGAGCAGCGGGGCGAGCAGGGAGCGAACAGCGGGGCGAGCAGGGGGGCGAGCAGGGGGGCGAGCAGGAGGGCAACCAGGAGGGUGAACAUUGA